UGGGCGAAGGGGGGGGCAUCCGCAAAGAGCCUUCCAGCCCUGGCGGUCAAGCCCUUGUCCCAGCCUCGCUUUCCUGCUUGAAGAUAAGAGUCUGUCCUAUUAAAAGGAAGCCCUGUUUUCCUCAGCCGGUCCAGAGAGUCCGAGCCCACCGGAACAGCGGACCGGACGGACGGCUGCUCUGCUACCUGAGACUCGGUGCGAUUCCGCUUGACUUCCACUUGCACCCUGACUUCUGCUCCUGUGUCUUCCAUCAGCCCAGAUAUGCUGUUGCUGCUCCUCACCCUCCUCCUCCAGGAUGCCAACCAAGGAGAGGCCGUAGAGCCGGACCCCUGCUCGGCCUACAUCAGCCUCAACGAGCCGUGGAGGAACACGGACCACCACGUGAACCACUCGGUGGGCGUACCCCUGUGCGACAACCACGUGAACGGCGAGUGGUACCGCUUCACGGGCAUGGCGGGCGACGCCAUGCCCACCUUCUGCAUAGCGGAGAACCACUGCGGCACCCACGCGCCCAUCUGGCUCGACGGAACCCACCCGCAGCCGAGCGACGGCGUCGUCACGCUGCCCGCCUGCGCCAGCUUCAACGACAACUGCUGCCAGUGGAACGCCACAGUGGACGUCAAGGCCUGCGCGGGGGGGUAUUACGUGUACCGCCUGCCGCGCCCCACCGUGUGCUUCCACGUCUACUGUGGACAUUUCUACGACAUCUGUGACGAGGUGGAGUGCGCGACCCCGGACUGCCAGGGCUUGGAGUGCCGAUGUGGCACCGGAACCACCUUGGGCCCCGAUGGACAGACCUGCUUGGAUCUCAACGAGUGCGAGCGCAACAAUGGGGGCUGCGCGGAGGUGUGCGUCAACACCAAGGGCUCCCGUCGCUGCGAUUGCGGUCCGGGGAAAGUGCUGGCGCAGGACGGGCAGAGCUGCGAAGAGAUCCAGGGCUGCCACAGUAACAACGGAGGCUGCAGCCACGGCUGCUCCGUGCUGCGGGAUUCCUACCGGUGCCACUGUCCGCGGGGUCUCGCGCUGGGAGACGACGGGCGUACCUGCCAGGUGCCGGUGCAGUGCCACUCGGGCUCCAUCGAGGUGUCCGUGCCCAAGGAGCUGGUGGGGGGCCUCGAGCUCUUCCUGUCCAACUCCUCUUGCCGUGGGAUCUCCAACGGCACCCACGUCAACCUGAACUUCAGCCUCAAGACCUGCGGCACUGUGCUGCAGGUGACCGAUGACAGAAUCGUGGGGACCAACCUGGUGACCGGCUUGCCCCGGUCCAGCCCCAGCAGCAGCGGCGACGUCAUCGUUCGGACGAGCAAGCUGGUGCUGCCGGUGACCUGCGAGUUCCCGCGCAGCUACGAGGUGUCGGACGGCUACGUGCCCAACCCGCGGGGCGCCACCUUGGAGCUGGCGGGCCGCAGCGCCGGCGUCUUCCCUUUCAGUUUGGAGCUCUUCAAGGGCGCCGACUUCUCCGAGCCGUACCGCGCGCCGCCGCAGCUCCGGCUCCGCGACUCCCUCUUCUUUGGCGUGGAGCCCCGGGAGCGGGUGGAUGGCCUCGCCGCCUUGGUGGAGAGCUGCUUCGCUACGCCGAGCCCCAGGACGGACGAGGUGCUGAAAUACUACCUCAUCAAAGACGGAUGUAUCUCCGAUGAGACGGUGAAGCAGUAUAACUCCAAGGACCAGCUCUCCAAACACUUCCAAGUGCCGGUCUUUAAGUUUGUGGGCAACGACAACGGGGAGGUGUUCCUGCACUGUCGGGUGCUGGUGUGCGGGGAGGGCGAGAGCGACUCCCGGUGCUCUCGGGGCUGUCAGAGACGGCUGCGCCGACAGGUGCGGAGCGACAAGUACCAGGAGCAGCGCAUCCUCUCCGGGGGUCCCAUCCGUAUCCUACCGGACCCGUGAGAGCAACACCUGUCCAGGCUGCCCUCUGUGAACUUUCCAUUUCCGCUUUCUCUUUCUCUCACUCACACCCACACACAAACUCACACUCGAGAGUAUCGUUCUCAAGCUGAUGCAUAUUACUAUUACUCUUUGUAUCGUUAUUAUCGUUUCUAUAAUUAUUAUUAUUAUUAUUGUGUUUUCUCGCUGCAGCCUAUCAUUUGAUCCCCAAUAUUUCACAGCGGCAGUUCAGGCCAAGUACCUCACUCUAGGGUAUUAGAGCAGGGAUUUGAAGCCCGUGUCCAGCGAGAAGCGUAAAGCUUUACCCCGGUAAGGGUGCGGCGCAAACACACUGUCUCUCUCAGGAGCCUCCAGGAGGAAGCAGUUACUUGUCGUCAUUCUCUCAUACGUUCCGUCAUCUCCGGCUGUUCAAUCCGUGCACAUUUUGCACAAGUAUGUACUCGCGUCGGCUGACCGACAGGUUUGUUCCGGACAGUUUAGCGAGAGCGGCGGCUCGUUCCUCCGCACGAGACGAGAAACCUCGACGCCGCUCGGUCCUUCUUCGCGCCGCACUCGCUUUGCUUCCGCCGCCGCCAAGUUUGACAUUACCUUGCGUGAACGUAAAACAUAAUGUGCCAAUAUAUAUUAAAGUAUUCCUGUUUUGUGCAUGUAUGUAAAGUAAAAUUGAGAACACGAAGCUUCGUGUGAAACGCUUAACUGCAUUUAAAAAGACUGGGUUAUUGGUCAGAGUUUGUUACAUACUCUAGAAACACUGUAGUGUAUGCAUAUUUGCUAUAAAAUUUUUUCACCUAUCAAUAAAGCCACUCUGUAAACUGUUGCCCCUGUGAGUUCACCUGCAGUCGUGUGUUUUGAAAGCCAGUCGCUCGUAAUUUGGUAGCCAAGUAGACAGUCGAAUGUUUGGGCCAUUUUAUUUCAUGUGGAAUUUUUACAAGAAAUUAAAAUGCACCGUAGUUUUUCAUGAACCAUAUUUGGGGGUUGGGGGGGGGGG